UUGUCCACAUCUAAUUGGCGGCGAGCAUCUCGAAUUGUUUUGACACCACCACGUGCCGAGCGAAUCGUUAUUUAUAUUUAAUUAGUUUGUAUUAUUGCGGGAUUGUAAGUGUAUAACAAUGCCAGGUAGCACAAAACAGCCACUGCUCUAUUUGGAAGAGUACCGACUAAAGCAAGAUCCACAAGAUUAUGGUCUGGCCGAUGAAGUCUUUAACAUGAGCGCUUUCAAGAGCAAACUGCAAGUGGUGAUUGUCAGGAAUGAUGAGGAGCAAGGCUUGGAAUUUGAUUUAAUUGGUGUUUAUCCAGCCAUUGCCAAUGCUUUUCGGCGCUUGAUGCUAAGCGAGGUACCCAGCAUGGCGAUUGAAAAGGUCUAUAUCUAUAACAACACCUCGAUUAUACAAGACGAAGUGCUGGCACAUCGUAUGGGAUUGUUGCCGCUCAAGGCGGAUCCACGACUCUUUGCCUAUCGCACCGAAGAAAGCACUGAACAGGGCACAGAGCAAGAUACGUUGGAAUACGAACUGAAAGUAAAGUGCACGCGUCGUAAGGACGCCACCAAAGAUCAGUCGAACUUUGAUGAUAUCUACAAAAAUCACAAGGUGUAUUCGGGUCAUCUAAAGUGGCUGCCCAAAGGCAAGCAGGGACAAAUCUACAGCGAGAGCAGUGUUAGCUGUAUACACGAUGACAUUUUAAUUGCACAAUUGCGACCAGGACAUGAACUGGAUUUGCGUUUAAUCGCUGUGAAGGGCAUUGGCAAGGAUCAUGCCAAGUUUUCGCCUGUGGCCACCGCUUACUAUCGACUAUUGCCGCAAAUCACGCUUAACCGAGAGGUCUCUGGCAAAGACGCCUAUUUGUUGCAAAACUGUUUCUCGCCCGGAGUGAUUGGCAUAGAUGAGAACGAUUGUGCAUAUGUGAAAGAUGCGCGAUACGACAGCUGCAGUCGGAAUGUCUUUCGCUAUCCGCAUUUGUCUGAUGCUGUCACUAUGGCGCGUGUGCGGGAUCACUACAUCUUUAAUGUAGAAUCUGUAGGUGCUCUGAAGCCUGAGGUGAUAUUUCUGGAAGCUGUUAAGGUGUUGAAGAAGAAAUGUCGCGCAUUUAUUGAUGAAAUUGAGGCAGAAUGA